CUCAGUUUCGCUGACGAUGAGAACGAGGAAGAAACAACCAAGUCAUCCUCAAAUAGGAACAGAGAUAAAGAGAGGAGAAAACCUGUUUCCUCUCGGUUCCCCAAACCCUCAUCUUCCCACAAGAUUACACCGUGAAAGACCGCAAAAACCCUUCUUCUUCUUUACCUUCCAAUGUCCAACCCCAAGCUGGUACUUACACAAAAGAAGCAUUACUUGAGCUCCAAAAGAAUACGCGCACCCUUGCUGCCCCUUCCUCACGCGCUACCUCCGUUGCAUCUGAUCCUAAGAUUGUUCUUAAAGGCCUUCUCAAACCCCAAUCCCAAAGUUUAAACUCCCAGGAAGAGAAUGUCCCCCAACAGAAACUUGAUAAAGACGACACGGAGUCUAGGUUGGCAUGAUGGCGAUUGGUAAAGAAGUGGAUUUAGAUUCUUCGGCUUUUCCUGACCAGGCAACUAUUGAUGCUAUCAAGGCGAAGAAGGACCGGGCUCGAAAGUCUUUUGGAAGGCCUCCUGAUUAUAUAUCAUUGGAUGGUGGGAGUAAUCAUGGCGGUAUGGAGGAGUUAAGUGAUGAGGAGGAACCAGAGUUCCGAGGGUGUUUCGGUGAAACUGGGAAGAAGGGUGUAUUUGAGAUUGUUGAAGAGAGAGCAAUGGGUGUAGUUUCGGGGAAAGAUGAGAUCCAUGACGAGGAUAAUGAUGAUGAGGAAGAGAAGUUGUGGGAAGAAGAGCAAUUCCGAAAAGGAUUGGGGAAGAGGUUGGAUGAUAGUUCGAAUCGGGUCGUAAUUAGUAGCAGUACCACUGCUGGAGUUGCUAUGGUUCAUAAUAUGCCUCAGCAACACCAGAAAACGUUUGGGUAUUCGACAAUGGCUUCAUAUGGUUCGGUGGCGCUGAGUGUGUCGCAGGCUCCGCCUUCAAGCAUUGAUGGAGCAGCUGGGGCUUCUCAAGCUUUAGAUGUUCCAUCAAUAUCGCAGCAAGCUGAAAUCGCUAAGAAGGCUUUACAAGAGAAUGUGAUUCGGCUUAAGGAAUCUCAUGCCCGAACCAUUUCAUCAUUAACAAAGGCUGAUGAGAAUUUGUCAGCCUCACUUUUCAAUAUCACUGCUCUUGAAAAGUCUCUGUCUGCUGCUGGUGAGAAGUUCAUCUUUAUGCAAAAGCUUCGUGAUUUUGUUUCUGUUAUAUGUGAAUUUUUGCAGCAUAAAGCUCCGCUUAUAGAGGAACUUGAAGAGCACAUGCAAAAACUUAAUGAAGAACGUGCAUUGGCUGUCCUUGAAAGAAGAACAGCAGAUAAUGAUGAUGAAGUUGUGGAGGUUGAAGCAGCUGUGAAAGCAGCAAUGUUGGUUUUCAGUGAACGUGGAAGCAGUGCCGCAAUGAUUGAAGUUGCCACAAAUGCAGCCCAGGCUGCAUCUGCUGCCAUUAGAGAACAAGCGAACUUGUCGGUAAAGUUAGAUGAAUUUGGUAGAGAUGUGAACCGGCAGAAACGUUUGGAUAUAGAACGAAGGGCUGAGGCUCGUCAUCACAGGAAAGCUCGAUUUGAUUCUAAGAGAUUAUCAUCCAUGGAUAGCGACAGUUCCUAUCAGAAAAUAGAAGGUGAAUCAAGCACUGAUGAGAGUGAUAGUGAGAGUACAGCAUAUCAGUCAAACCGCGACCAGUUGCUUCAAACAGCGGAUCAAGUUUUCAGUGAUGCAUCUGAGGAAUAUUCCCAACUUUCUGCUGUUAAACAGAAGUUUGAAAAAUUGAAGAAAGAUUAUUCUUCGAGCUACCGUGAUGCUUAUAUGUCAUUAAGUAUUCCUGCUAUCUUCUCUCCAUAUGUAAGACUUGAGCUUCUCAAGUGGGAUCCACUCCACCGUGAUGAAGACUUUUCUGAUAUGAAAUGGCAUAAUUUGCUAUUCAAUUAUGGUUUUCCUGAAGAUGGAAAUUUUGCAUCCGAUGAUGCUGAUGCUAACCUUGUUCCUGCACUAGUGGAAAAGAUUGCACUUCCAGUUUUGCAUCAUGAAAUUUCCCAUUGCUGGGACAUGCUUAGCUCACAAGAAACAAAGAACGCUGUUUCUGCCACAAGUUUGAUUAUAGAUUAUGUUCCUGCUUCAAGUGAGGCAUUGGCAGAAUUAUUAGUUACUAUCCGCACUCGUCUGAGAGAGGCUGUUACUGAUAUUAUGGUUCCAACAUGGAGCCCGCUUGUGAUGAAGGCUGUGCCAAAUGCUGCACGAGUUGCUGCAUAUCGGUUUGGGAUGUCUGUUCGGUUGAUGAGAAAUAUCUGCUUGUGGAAGGAUAUCCUGGCAUUGCCAGUUUUAGAGAAGCUUGCCCUCGACGAGCUUUUGUGUGGAAAAAUUUUACCUCAUAUUCGAUGCAUUGCUUCAGAUGUUCAUGAUGCUGUCACAAGAACAGAACGUAUUGUAGCUUCUUUGUCUGGGUUGUGGACAGGCACAAAUGUCUCACGAGAUUCCAGUGUCAAGUUGCAACCACUGGUGGAUUGUGUGUUGUCAUUAGGAAAAGCAUUGGAGAGAAGGCAUGCAUCAGGUGUGAGUGAAGGUGAGGCGGGUGGACUAGCUCGUCGGUUGAAGAAAAUAUUGGUUGAGCUAAAUGAAUACGACAAUGCAAGGGAUAUAGCAAGGAGGUUCCAUCUCAAGGAAGCAUUAUGAGCCAUGCCUGUCUAGGAUAAGAUAU